GAAUACGGAAUGGUCUGUGUAAGCUCUGGAGUACAACUGUCAGUAAUGCUGAGUGGACGAACUCCCACGUCAACUACAAGCUGGAACAAGUCAGGACAUGUUACUUCUUCUUGGAGGAUAUCCUCGCGAGUACGAGUAUAAUUUGAAUGAAUAUGAAAACAAUGCAAGACCUUAUACUUUUACCUUAUGCUUUCGAGG